GCCCAGUUCGAAACCAACUUUUUAUGAAUACCGCCCUCUAUUGCACUGAGGUCAAUGACCAACACCAGGAAAUAAAUCUGACGGCUCAUCAAGUGAUCAACACUUCUCGGCUCGCUAAAGAAUAUUUCAUCCAAAAUGGCUGAACAAGAAGAGAUGAUGCCAACACAAGAUGCUGAGAGACAGGGGCAGGUUGCUGAUGGAGACUGUGCAGAGACUCAGGAGCAAGCACUGGCCUUGAGGAGACCAGGCAACCAGGACCAGACAACAGACAUGAUCCCAGUUGCAGCAGUCAAUCAAUUGCAACAGUCAGUGCAGCAGAUAUCUGGCUCUGGACACGUACCCAUCUUCAACCCAAAAGAUUGCACCAUCAAUAUCUACCAAUCAAAAGAUGAUGCACAUGCAUCACACCACUCUGGUCAUCCAUCAGUUGACAUAUCAGAGAAUCCACCAAGUACAUCACAGCAACCACCAACACCACAUGUGGCCUCAGGUGCACAAGGAUGCAGCGCCCCCAAAAAGAUGAAGCUUGACAGUCCAGCCCAAGAUGCUGCUGAUUGCUGUGAAGAUGCCCUGAAGUCAUACUACAGGGGAAAAGGUAGCUUUGUUAAGUUGAUUCCAUGGGUGGGUGAUGACAGGAAACACAUUACAGAAAUCUACACAAAGUUACAGUUAAUACUUGGUAAGGACAGAGUCAUGCUUACAUCAUAUGACGAUAUAUUACAACAUAAGACAAAAGAGGGAGACCCGAUCCUAAUAGCUGUUUUAACUGGGUUGGCUGGUAGAGGAAAGACCACACUGUUUGACAAAAUGGCAUAUGAUUGGGCAGUUGGUUCUAGUCAGAUACUACAGAGGUAUAAACUUGUCUUCCUGUUGAAAAUGCACGCACUGGAGCAGAGUUCAGAUCUUGUUGAUGCAGUUUUUGACCAACUUUUGGCUAAAGAUGUAUGUAUUGAAAGAGGUACCCUGGACAUGUUUAACAAGAACAGUCCUGGAAAAGUCCUUGUUUUACUAGAUGGCUUUGAUGAGCUCAUGACUACCUCCUUGUGUGAAUCCUCAUUUGGUUCCAUCCUGGAGAUCCUUAGUGGUAAGGUGUUGAGGGGUUGUACUGUACUUGUAAGCACCCGACCCUCACACUUUGACAGACUUGUAUCAGAGGAACUGGUUCAGGACCCAUUCACACAUGUCGAGGUCAUGGGUUUCAGUAGUGAAGAUGUCGCCGAGUAUGUUAGUAAAUUUUACACAGCUGAACCUGUCAAGGCCAAGGGGCUUCUUAAAAAGAUAAGAUCAUCAGGUCUUCUGUCUGCUUUAGCUGCAAGUCCAAUGCUUCUUCUUUUGAUGUGUGUAUUAUGGAGAGAAGAUUGCACACUCCCAGAAACAAUGUCACGUCUGUAUCGUAAUGGAGUUCUCUACAUCUUCAAAAGAAAAACAUUGGACUCAAAAGAUGAAGUACAUGUACAAAAAAUUGUGAUUGAAAUUGGCAAGGUUGCGUUGCAUGGUCUUCUUUCUCCAGCUCUGUCACUCUCUUUCAAAGAAAGUGACUUUGAGUCGAGUGUGCUUGAGCUGGCUCUGAAAGCAGGUAUUCUGACCAGACAGACAGACCGCAAGGGACUACAGACUCACAACUGUAUUCAGUUUAUUCACAAGACAUUCCAGGAGUUCUCUGCUGCUGCUUACUUGCAAAGCUUGUUAGAAGCAGACCCACAGGAAUUUCAGAAGAUUUUGAAUGACAUUGUGUCAAAGGGUGCAAAGAGUUUUGAGUAUCUUCUGCGCUUUUGUUGUGGUGACAAUGAGGCAUGUACAUAUGAGAUUCUGAAGGUAUUUCAGGUGAGGUGUCGGGAGGAGUUGUCAUUCAAAUCAAAGAUGGGUCAGUUGGCGCUUUAUUGUUUCUUUGAAGGUCAAUCCAAACGUUUGCCUCCAGAGGAAUUUAUACAUUCAUUCAUAACUGAUCAAAUCUCCACUCAAAUGCGUGACAAGGAUAGUCUGAACUCAGUCAUAUACUUUCUGAAAUGUGUUGCUGACCAGACAAAGGACAGUGGAAAUGCUUACCUUGCUAAAGUAAAGAACUUGGAAGUUCCUUUUUGUGACUGGACACAGUAUAGUGAGGAGUUAGCUCUUAUCGUGUGUGCAAUGACAGAUCUUCAUGCUGUGAAUUUCAUGGGUUGCUCAUUGACUGAUAGCAACAUUGCAGAUGUUGCUCAGUCACUCAUGGACCUACCCAACUUGGGUGAAUUGAAACUUUCUGGUAAUAACCUGGGUGGUACAGCAGCAUUAUGGUGCAUGCAUUUGAAGCACUUGAAGUCCCUCACAAAGCUGAGCUUGCGUAGCUGCUCAUUGAAUGGACAGGACAUCAGACAUGUUGCCGAGUCACUCGGGGAACUACCCAACUUGCUUGCACUGAAUUUUUCUGGUAAUUACGUGGGUGGUACAGCAGUAUUAUGGUGCAUGCAUUUAAAACAGUUCAAGUCCCUUACAAAGCUGGGCUUGGAUGGCUGCUCAUUGAAUGGACAGGACAUCAAACAUGUUGCUGAGUCACUCAGGCAUCUACCCAACUUGGUUGAAUUAUAUCUUUCUGGUAAUAACCUGGGUGGUACAUCAGCAUUAUGGAGCAUGGAGGCAAAGCAGUUGAAAUCCCUCACAAAGCUGCGCUUGGGUGAAUGCUCAUUGAAUGGACAGGACAUCAAACAUGUUGCUGAGUCACUCAGGGAUCUACCCAACUUGGCUGAAUUGAGUCUUCAUCGUAAUAACCUGGGUGGUACAGCAGCAUUGUGGUGCAUGGAGGUAAAGCAGCUGCUGCACCUUCAGACGCUGUGCCUCACGGGCUGUCAGCUGACAAAGGAAGACAUGAAACACAUUAAUGAGUCACUGAGUGACCUGCAGAAGAAUGGAUUAAAAAUUGACAUGCUGCCAGUAUGGUAUUAAUUGUUGUGAUCAGGAAUGCAUGUCGUUUUAACUGCCUGUUCAUUUAUUGCACCAUGAACAAAAUGCAAAUUUUAAUGUCCCGGUAUGAAUAAUACGUUUUGCCAUAUACGUUGGUUUUGAAUAAAGUCUGUGGUCAAAGACUAAAAGCAUUAUCAUCUGAAGAGUCUACUGAGCAAAAAUGUAAUUCACUGGUCACUUAUUUUCUUUCGGCAGUUAAAGGGUUGAUCUUAAACCUAGAAGCAAAAUUGAAAGAGGAGUGAUUUGAGUUAACAGAGAUUUCCUCAGUGGCAUAUUGUGGCUCCUUCAUUGGAACCGUUCAGAAAUUCUCAAACUCUUUUCUGUUGGAAGCUGCACAUCACUGCACAUUGACAGUUUAAGAUGUGAAAGCAUAGACACUGUAGAUGUGGCACUGAUGGGUAUCUUAAAUUGGUUCGAACACAUUCUGCCUAUCAGCUGUUAGGUGAUCUUACCUUGAACAUUGCAUCGGUCUAUCUCUGCUGGUUUGUGUUUCCCCUGGGGGAGUGAGUCCCAGUCAUCUACCACUCUGUGUCUGAACACAUUCUGCCUAUCAGCUGUGAGUGUAUCUUUUAUUGAACUUGCCUCUGUCUGUCUCUGCUGGUUUUCUGUUUUCCAGGGGGAGUGAGUUCACCCUCUGUCUGACCACAUUGCGCCUAUCAGCUCCUCAUGUGUCUCUCUGAUUCUGCUGCUGUGUUUCUUUCUUGUACUAUUUCUCAUACAUUUGAAGAUCUUGUACUGACUCCAAGCCAAUUCAAUCACCCUCAUCAACUGAAAGUCAACAUUCCUUUGUCCCCUUAAUGUCUCCCGGCCCAUACAGAAAGUCCCUUGGCCUUGUCAGGUUUGAACCCUUAGCUGCAUCAACUAACUUGAACUGUCUGCUCAGAUUAAUCAUUACAGUCAAAUUUGGACCUUCCCUCAUUGAUGGGGAAAUAUCCAGCACAAAGUGCUGGUUAGUGGUGACAUUUUGUGAGUCUCAUUGUCAAAUUCUGUGAAAACACUUGUAAAGAUCUGCCCAAGCAAAUGAUUUCUGAAUUGGAUAGUUUAGGCCAAAAAAAAAAAAGUUUCUGGUUUGGGCGCGCGUCGCCGUAGCCAUGCGCGUCGGCAAAAUGAAAAAGUUUUUUUUUCAAUGAAAGAUGAUGUCUCAAAAC